GGAAAUACUAAACGUUUUGGUGUUGAAAAAAGUCGGACCAGAAUCUAUUGUGGUGAUGUUGUAGAGGAGUGAACGAGCUGGCUACAGAGACGGGAGAUAUACUAUGAGUACGCGGACCAACACGCGGAAACCGGAUGAAUAUGGAUACUAAUGCACAUCGCAGAUAUUAGUACAUUUUAAUGAAAAGGGACUCGCUGCGGACAAUCUGAAUUAUCCGGUAGACGGAAGAGUUAAGAACCAAAAUCACAACUGUUUAUUUCAUUAGCUAGCAGGCUAGCUGGCUAGUUUCAAUGCGGGUCUGGAAUGGGGGAAGCUCGUCCGAAAUUGACUCAAUAAGGAUUUAUAUCGUGCACGGAAUAAACAUCUUGUACUCGUUGUUGUUUUUACAAACUACGUGAUUUCCCGUGGAGAUCGUAGCGGCAACUUUAAAGAAGAAUGAUGCACCUAAACUGAACAUUAAAAGUGAUCCACCAAAAAAACCAAGAAAGUCGUACAGGCUCCCCGGUCGAGGCUCCAGGUUCCACAGACGGGGACUCGCAGGCCUGUGUCAGAGUUUGGCAUGGGGUUACUGUGCCAGCCUUGCCCCUACCAGGCGCUCUAGAUGAUGAUGAUUCCCCAGCGCAACAUGACAGAGAGGCAGUGAGGCUCGGCUAGCCCCCACCCGACCCGACGAUACUCUCAACACUCCCUUGUUCUACCCUAACUGCUGACCUCCACAUCCUGCCCCACCAUGCUGCGUUUCCUGCCUCUGAAGCUGGGUCGCCUCUACCGUUGUCUGAAGCUUCUGCUGGUGGUGGGUCUGUUUGUUAUCCUCCUGAUGAACACCCACAACCUGUUCGCCUCCUUCCAGAAGAACGAGCUGACGGACCGCCGCUUCAUCAACCUCAACAAGUGCCCCGCCUGCUUCGGCACCAGCUGGUGCAGGAAGUUCAUGAACGGCCAGGUGUCCUUUGAGACCUGGGGACGCCUGCGCUUCCUGGAUGUCUUCAACGUCAAGAACGUGUACUUCGCCCAGUACGGAGAGCCGCGCGAGGGGACGAGGCGCGUGGUGCUCAAACGCCUGGGAUCCAAUCAGGAGCUGGCGGACAUCGACCAGAAGAUCUGUAAGAGAGCUACUGGCCGCCCGCGCUGCGACCUCAUCCAGGCCAUGUACAAGACUGAGUUCGCCAGGCUGAACGGGGACGUGAGGCUGCUGACCCCUGAGGUGGUAGAGGGCUGGUCUGACCUGGUGCACUGCCCCUCCCAGAGGCUGCUGGACAGGGUGGUGCGACGUUAUGCCGAAACCAAAGACUCUGGCAGCUUCCUGCUGAAGAACCUGAAGGACACCGAGAGGAUGCAGUUACUGAUGACCCUGGCCUUCAACCCUGAGCCCCUCGUACUACAGAGUUUCCCGUCAGACGAGGGCUGGCCAUUCGCCAAGUACCUGGGGGCGUGUGGUCGCGUGGUGGCGGUGAACUACGUCGGCGAGGAGCUGUGGUCUUUCUACAACGCUCCGUGGGACAAGAGGGUCGACCUGGCCCGACAGCUGAUGGACAUCGCUGAGCAGCUCACCAACAACGACUUUGACUUCGCCCUCUACCUGCUGGGGGUGAGCUGGGGGUGAUAACUGAGGGGAGUAGCCGUGGGGCCGCGGGACGGAAAGGUCAUCGUGGUGGACGGGGAGAACGUCCUGGUGGCCGACAAGAGACUGAUCAAACAGAAUAAACCAGAGAACUAUGACGUGUGGUACGAGAGUCGCUUCGAGGACUGUGACAAGGAAGCCUGCCUGUCCUUCUCCAAGGAGUCUCUGUGUAACCGCGUCACCGUGGACCACAACUACUACGCUGUGUGUCAGAACCUGUUGUCUCGUUACGCCACGUGGCGAGGGACCACCGGCGGCCUGCUCCACGACCCCCCAGCCCACAUAGCCAAAGACGGCCAGCUAGAAGCGCUGUUGGACGAGUGCACCAACCCUAAAAAACGCUACGGACGCUUCACGGCCGCCAAGGAGCUGAGGGACUACCUCACCCAGCUAGUUUCCUCCUCCUCCUCCUCAGCCACGGCGAGGUGAUGAAGAGACGGUUUCACCCCCCCUGACCUUGUCCCCAGGAACUUAACCCUUGACCCUCCUCGUCUCACUUCAAGUGCAGGAGAACUCCUCACUGGUCACACAGCAGUUGGUUUGGUCUCCUUCCUGGUGGAAACCCAAACUGAUCGAUAGGAGAUGUUUAAAGGGACCUAGGAAGUCCUUCACUGCUGGUUUAUAUUAUUCCUUCUGACUUUGUUUGGUAGCUGGUGAGAAUGAGGUGCUUGGAGCUAGUGGACGAGGAGAAGGGGAUCGACAGGCCCAGAGCAGGACCCCAGAGCAGGACUGCUCUCCUGGGGGAGAGCUGAGGGAGCAUGUGGUGUCUGACUCAAUGACUCCUCUCCCCUCUGUCUGUCCACCAGGACCCCUCUGUCUGUCCACCAGGACCCCUCUGUCUGUCCACCAGGACCCCUCUGUCUGUCCACCAGGACCCCUCUGUCUGUCCACCAGGACCCCUCUGUCCGUCCACCAGGACCCCUCUGUCUGUCCACCAGGACCCCUCUGUCUGUCCACCAGGACCCCUCUGUCUGUCCACCAGGACCACUCUGUCCACCAGGACCACUCUGUCUGUCCACCAGGACCCCUCUGUCU